CGACUUCUAUCACCAGUCUUGAAAGCGGACGUGAACCUCAAGCGGAAGAUGUCCGAAGACCCUGACGAAGAACCGGCCCCUUCUCCUCAGAGCGCUGAACGCCCGCGCAAGACUUUGAAGGGCAAGAAACGGAUUCAAGAAAAGCUAGUUAAGGACACGUCGCGUGUGAUGCCAUAUGGAUGUCCUGGAUAUGGAGGCACGUGUCAAGAGCAUAAGAAAAGACGAUGGACAUCGAAGACAAAGUUUCUGGACCACUUCAUGACGGAACAUCCGGAGGAAUACAAAAGCAUCGACCGUUGCGGCGUUGUAGAUGGCUUCAAAUGUCUCGAGUGUAAGAAAAGGAACUCGUCUUUUGGUGUCGAUACGGGAGUGGUCACAUCCACACACAUACGAGAACUUGCAGUCCACGUAUGGCACGAUCAUAUGAUCUCUCGAACCACAGUGGUACAUGUUCAGAGGGGCGAAGUAGGCGUGAAGGAUGAACCUAAAGAGUCCUUUGAUAUUCGCUACAACGAGUCCGGUGGUACCGGACUUGGGGAUCAGAACCAGAGCUCUAUGACUAUAGAGAAGGACGAAAUUAAGCCCGCGAAGUCUUCAGGUACUGAGCACGAACAGACCUGCGAUGUUGGACCCGACGCAUCCUUAUGUUGCGACGUUGGCAGCGACUCCAACAUCCUCGGAGAAUUCGACUUUGGUACUGAUGCCAACUUCAUGGACUUUUUCGACCUGAAUGGCGUCCUAGCCGACUUCGAGAUCCCAGAGCACCAACCUUCCACUCUCGAGCAGAACUCCUCAACACCUGACAUAGACGUCGAUCAGGAUGCUUCGACAACGGCAACUUCAUCUGGCACCGUGAAGGAAGACAAUGCCAUACAAUACUUUCUUCGCCUCAAGUUUAGUCCAGAGCAGAUCAUCAAGUUUGCAAAGACCCACAAGGAUUCAAAAGAAUAUGGACACGAUGAGGCCCUUGAGAUCAUCUCAGGUGUUGAAACGGAAGAGCUGCCGGAGAGGAUACGCACCGUUAAAGCUCGCCUUCUCUCGGCCGCAACGAUGUCCUCACCCAUACCCACGGCCGCAACCCUACCUACGACCGCGACCCUGCCUACGUCCACAACCGUUUCUACACCCACAACUGUUACUACACCCACAACCGUGCUCACACCAGCAACCGUGUUUACAUCGGCGACUGUACCUACUCCCGGAACCAUAAUCACAUCGGUGAUCAUACCAACCCCAACAUGCAUCAAUCGCGAACAGUUCGAAGCCUUCGACGCCGAGCCCGCACCGCAAGGCAUCAAACGUCCGCGCAUUGAUUCCAUGAACGGUGAACUAGCGUCCACAGCAGAACCCCAGGCUACAAAUGCGCCGAAAACAAAGAAAGCUAGAAAGCUCGAUAGACGUGGGUGCCCGGACAAUAAUUGGAAGUGCGUACCUGAGGAGACGAAGGGAAGGGCAAAGUGGACAUCAAUGGUGCAGUUCAAAAAGCACUACAAGACCUAUCAUCUAGUCUCCUCAUUCUUCAUUGUUCUUCAUCCUUCGACCUCGGAAUCCUUUCCUAACCUGAUUACAAAUUUGUUACGCGUCGUUCUACGGACUCUUCUCUUUACCGUCAUUUGCAUCAUCUCAAUGUCUAAUCAGUUUGAUUCUUCAUGGGCCAACAAGUCUUCCUCGAAGCCAGAUAUCCGCAGCACCUUUGGAAACACGGUUAUACCGAAUGGUUCAUCUGACGCUUCUAACACGACUUGCAAGGAGGCCGGUUAUCAAGUCGGUAUCGAACCUAACAACCAGGCUCCUGCUUUCGAAACUGAAACAAUCGGGUCUCACGCACCUCUUGCUCCCGUUGCUUCCGAGCCUCAAAGAAAAGCCGAUAAGUCGAUUCAAGAUGAAGCUAUAGCCGCCAUGCUAAGUCGCGGUACGGACCCGAAGAAUAUUCCCAAAUACGUGCAGCAUCAUAUCAUAGCAAAAGAGACCGGCAAUCACCGAGACCUCGACAUCAUAUCACAGAUACCGUCGACAGAGCUUCAAGAGAGAAUCAGCAAUGUUGAAGUUCAACUGAAACGAGCACAACAAUCGUUCGACGAGACAUUUACUUCUCCGAACGAACUCCCGAACGAAGGUAUUCCCUCCAGCUCGAUGUCACCAACCUUGUACGACCUGCUUGGCAUUACAGAGGGAAUUCCUCUCCCUUCCAAGCAAGAUAUCUCCAUGCUUAAUCCGAAUGCCUAUCCCAAGGUUUCAACACCGGCCAAAUCUCCCGACACCGUAGACGAAGACAAGGCUAUACAACUUCUGCUUCAAGGUGGUUUAAGACCUGAGCAGAUUAUUAACUUUGUCAGGAUCCACAAAGUGUCAAAGGAGGCUGGCAACCAUGAGGCUCUGGAUAUCAUCUCGGGCGUACAAACAGAUGAACUACUGCAGAGGAUCCAUAGAGUCGAGACCCUUCUGGUGUCAGCAGCGCCUACAAGCUCGAACAAAUCUGUAUUCACAGCCCGACCUACAUCCAUCAGGCUUAUGCGCGAGCCCUCCGAAGGCUUUGACAAGAAGCUAGAUGUCUCUUUCCAAGAGGCUGGACGUACAAGUCGGGAGCUACGGACGUUCCAGGGCCUGCAAAGACCCAUCGACGAGGUUGCCCAGGGAAUUGUUGGAACUCUUGCUUUCGUCGUCAUAGAGGAGUACAUCUCUCCCAAAGUCGUGCAGAUCGUCUGUGCACAGGCGGCCGCUCAAGGCUGGCGAGAGGGCGACUUCCCAUGCGAUGGCACAUAUUACGACCCUGAGUUGGGAAACCCAGCGGUCACAAGGGAGCUCGACAGCGUCAGGACUAUGCUCACUGCUGAAGCUGCUGUCGGAUAUAUCACCUGGCCAAUCAUGGAUGAACAUUUGGACUUCACCAACAACUCGCCUAAUGCCGAUCAGUACGAGUACGUAAAGUCUUCUCCCGAUACAUGUCACGACGUCCAAGUAGAUCAGGCUAUUGACCGUACCUUGGAUGAAGUCUAUGCUUCCCCAAAAGCCAAGCAGCAAGACCAGGCCAUAUCCUUCAUGCUUGAGGUCAAUACCAGGGACGAUCUCCUUCGAUUGACUGAGACCUUCACUGCUGCUGAAGAUGCUGGAUACAACCAUUGUCUUUCGAUCAUCUCAGAGAUUCCAGCUGAGAAUCGCGCCGGGAGGUUCGCGGCCAUCGAAUCACUCUCGAUGAAUGCAACAUCAGAACCACUCGCAGAUCUCGAACGUCAACCUCAAACCGGAGGGGAGACCUAUCAUCAAGCCAGAAACCGCAGGCCUACUGCUUCAAGCAGUAGAGCACCAAAGCCGGUUCACCCCAAACGAUACGGCUGUCCGGGACAGCAAGGUAGUUGUCCAGAGCACCGAAGGCGAGCUUGGAGAUCACUUGUUACAUUCUUCGAACAUCUACAGGACAACCAUACAGGAGAAUUUGAAACACCCGAUGGUCUCAUGUGCCCGCAGUGCGCGAAGCGUGACGACUCCACAAAUCCCAUGGCAUACCCAUUGGAUGGACGAGAGCUCGCGAAGCACAUUUGGACCGACCAUAUGACCUCCAUGCCUGGCCGCAGUAGCUCCGGAUCAUCUCAGUGA